AUGGCGGAGCAAGAUGAGUCCGGUGGGCUUUUUAGCCUCUGCGCAUUUACUUUCGUCCUUAGUAAAGAAUUAAAUGAAGGAUUGAUUGCCGAGCUUUCCGAGAGUCUCAUCAAGUUUGGUGGCUCAGUCUUGGCAGCGAAACGCGAUGGUUCCUUGCCACUUUCGCAAGUGACCCACGUGAUCGCCAACUCGAUCGAUUUCCCCCAGUAUACCGACGCGACGGCUAUGAUGAUCCCCGUUGUUAAGUCUAAGUGGAUCACGGCAUCCUUAGCUAAGGGGAGACAAGCUCAGAUACGGCCGUUUACGCCUGAUCCUCGAAUGAUCUUCUCCGAUGUAGUAUUGUCUUGCGCUGAUAUCCCACCUACCGACAAAGAAGCUAUUAUCGGUGCUACAAUGGCCAUGGGAGGAAUGGACUCGGAGAAUGUCACCAAGCUUACUACCCAUAUCUGCGCUCUCUCUAUGGACCAUCCCAAAUGCCAGCUAGCUAUGGACAAGAAGCUCAAAUGCAAGAUAGUUCUUCCUCAUUGGUUUGACGAUUGUUUCAAGCUGGGAAAGCGAAUUGAUGAGAGCCCGUAUCUGUUACCUGACCCUGAAUAUCUACCCAGCCCCGACUCCGACAACAACGCUCUAGAAGCUCGUCCUAGCCUUACUGUGUUUAACGGGAAAACGGUCAUGUUAUCAUCAGAUUUGUCGAUUAGGAAUCGGCUGAGGGAUAUUAUUCUAGGACUUAUUCACGGUGGAGGGGGUGAGAUGACUGAUAAUGUCAAGGAGUGUGACUGGUUCAUCUGCCAAUAUCGUGAUGGACCCCAAUACAUACACGCCUCGCAGGUUGGGAAGACCGUUGGAAAUCUGUCGUGGCUAUAUCAUCUGAUCACCCACAACGAAUGGACGUCCCCUCUACGACGUCUUCUCCACUAUCCCGUUCCGCGCGACGGUAUCCCUGGUUUCAAGGACAAGCGAAUUACGGUGUCAAACUACGGAGGAGAAGCUCGUGUAUACCUGGAGAACCUGAUAAAUGCCUCUGGCGCAAUGUAUACGAAGACUAUGAAGGCCGACAACACACAUCUUAUCACCGCCCGAGAUAAUAGCGAGAAGUGCGAGGCUGCCCGCGAUUGGAACAUCAAUAUGGCCAACCACCUUUGGAUCGAAGAGAGCUACGCAAAGUGUGAGAUGCAAAGCAUAACAAUACCCAAAUAUACUCAUUUCCCGGCUCGUACGAAUCUUGGCGAGGUUAUUGGCCAGACGUUCCUAGAUGAGAAGAAACUACGAGCGCUAUAUUAUCCCGGCAGCCCAGAACAACUUACGCCAACAUCAAAGCGGAAGCGCAAGGUUUUGGAGAUGGCCAAUGAGAAUUCGUUCUCCGAUGGCCCGGCUGAAGGUGUUGCGAUUGGUCGCCAAGCUCACAAGGAAUUUGACGUUAUGAAGGAUACAGAUUCCGAAUACGCGCAAAAAACCACAGAGGUAUUUGGAGUACCAGCACCAGCACCGCAGAAACGUCGGGAAUCAUCCGAGCUAAAGACUCCGGCUAAGGGCCGUCACGUCCGCGCCGGGAAAGAAAAUGAAACCCCUUCUACAGUUUCUUCAAGCCGAAGCGCUAAGGAUAAGGCAUUAAAUAGGUUAUCAGUCUUAGCACCUGAUAUUGCUCUAUACGAAAAGGAAAAGAAACGGGGGCUUAAGGAUGGCCAUGGCCUCUGGGGUGGCAAACGAGCAGCUGAUUAUAUCGACCGGGAAAAUCUUAACCGUCACAGUCUCUCGAGUCCAAGUACGGGAGGCGAAGAGAGACAGAUAAAGUUAGAGAGACGGCCCGCGAAGAAAGCAAGACCGACUCUUCCAGAUGUGAAUAUGAGGGUAGUCCUCACCGGAUUUCAGCGGUGGGUUAAUGAGAAAUAUAAGGAGGAUGCGGACCGAAAAAAGCUACGCGACCUCGGCAUUGCCGUCGUAACAGAUGGUCAACAAUGCGACUAUCUCGUAGCUCCACAUCUAGUGCGGACAGUCAAAUUCCUUCGCAAUCUAUCUAAGGGCGCUACUAUUGUAUCCUCAAACUGGAUUGAAGAAUGUCUAGAUACAAAAGAGCUUCUAGACCCUCAGGACUUUAUCCUCAAGGACAAGGAGAACGAGAAGAAAUUCGGCAUCAAACUCGAGAACUCGGUCCAGAGAGCGCGAGCGAAUAAGGGCAAGCUCCUCUGGGGUAUACCUAUAUACUGCACGGCCAGCAUCAAGAACGGCCCGCAGGGCUACCAAGCUAUCGCUGAGGCCAACGGUGCCCUAUUCAUGGUGUACGGUGCGCGCAGCGGGACGACGAUCAAGCCCACAGCGCCGGAAGAUGAUGAUGGGGAGCCCGAGCCGGUAUACCUACUUAGCAACACGAGCCCCGAGGAGAAGAAGUUAUGGCAGAAAUUCGAGGACAUGGCGCACAAGGGCAACAUGGAGCCGCGUAUCGUUGCGGCGGAUUGGCUGCUUGAUAUUGUUAUGACCCAGGAGGUUAGCUUCGACGAGAGGUACCUGGUGACGAACUUCUUCGCAUGA